AUGAGGCCAAACAAUAAAUUAGCUUUGUUUUUUCUCGUUCUUUUGUUCACCAUUUCCUGCUUCAACUUAAGCUAUUGUAUUGAUAUUGUAUGUCCCGAAAUCGAAAAAGAAGCUCUCCUAAGCUUCAAAGAAUCUUUGGAAGAUCCAACCAAUAUUCUCUCUACCUGGAAUGUUUCUGCUGAUGUUAACUGUUGCAAUUGGAAACGCGUUGUUUGCAGCAACAUAACCGGUGGCGGCCAUGUUCAUCAACUCCGUCUUCAAGGCGGCUUACGUGGCAAAAUGAAUCCUUCUUUGGUCAAUCUGAAACAUCUCACAUAUCUCAACCUCAGCCAAAACGCCUUUGAAGAAACGAUACCUUAUUUCGUUGGCUCACUCACAAGCUUAGAAUAUUUGGAUUUAUCUAAGGCUGGAUUUUAUGGAACAAUUCCCCAUACUAUUGGCAAUCUUACAAAUCUACGCACUUUACGAUUUGAAGGCGGCUACUAUGAAAACGACGGCAAUGAUGUAAGCAGACUGGAUGUCGACGACCUCGACUGGCUGUUGGGGCUAUCUCGAUUGGAGCAGCUCAUCAUGAAUAAUGUGAACCUCAGCAGAGCAUCCAGCUGGCAGCAGGUCAUCAACACUCUCCCUUCUUUGGUUGAACUUCGUUUUACUUAUUGCAGUCUUGAUUUCAGUAAUGCCCCCUUGAAUAACAAUAUUACUACUUCUCUAGCCAUUCUUGAUAUCUCUGAUCAAGGUAAGUUUCGAUCUUUUGCCAUACCGAGUUGGAUUUUUCGACUCAACAAUCUCAUUUAUCUUGUUCUGAGGGGCUACUCUUUUUAUGGUCCAAUUCCAAAUAUUUCCAACAGCACCAAACUCCAACGCAUCGAUCUCUCUUUCAAUAAUUUCAACUCCACCAUUCCAGAUUGGCUCUACUCUUUGAAAGAUCUCGAGUUUUUAAAUUUGAGAGGCAACUACCUACAAGGUACACUCUCCAAUGGCAUAGCAAAUCUAACCUCUCUCAACACCCUCGAUUUAACUACGAAUCAUCUUUCUGGCGAAAUCCCAAGAGGAAUUACUGCCAACCUCUGCAAAAUGCAGUCAUUGGACUUGUCUGGUAACAAUUUCCAAGGAGAAAUUUCGGAUUGGUUUGGAAAUAUGUCAGAUUGCUUUUUAGGAUCUUUGGAAUACCUAAAUCUGGCGAGGAAUCAACUCUCCGGCCAUUUACCCGCUCAAUUUGGAGAAUUUAAGAGUCAUAAAAGCAUUGGUCUUGACUCUAACAAUUUGUCAAUACCAAUCAAUACAGGAAAGCUCCCUCCCUUAGAAAGUUUAUACCUGGAUGAUAACAAUCUGAUAGGAAAUCUUCCGGAGAGUUUCGGGCAACUUUUGAACUUAAAAUAUCUUAGUAUUGAAGAUAACAAGUUGGAAGGGGUUGUGAGUGAAAUUCAUUUUGCCAAUCUCACAAAAUUAGAGCAAUUUUCUGCCUCUGGCAACCACUUGACAUUGAAUGUAAGCCCAGAUUGGGUUCCACCCUUUGAAAAAAUUUACUUACUUGCACUGGGUUCGUGGGACUUGGGCGAAGGAGGUCAGAUUCCCACAUGGAUCGAGAAGCUCAAUCUCAACAAGCUUGAUCUAUCUAGUACUGGAAUCUCCGGCAUUGUUCCUAGCUGGAUUUGGAAGAUCUUUUAUUUGGACCUCUCUCAUAAUCAACUCCACGACAACAUUCCCAAUCUUAUAAGUGACACAAGGUACAUAUAUCUGAGCUCCAACAGAUUCACUGGUUCAUUGCCUCAAGUAUCAGCUGAUGUGAGCGAGAUAGAUCUCUCCAAUAACUCAUUUUCGGGAGGUUUAUCUCACUUUCUCUGCGAAAUGAAUGAAACCUACUCAACAGAUUUUCUUCAUCUUGGGGGGAAUCAGUUAUCUGGAGAAAUACCAGAUUGCUGGAUGAGAUGGUCAUCGCUCACAUACUUGAAUCUAGGCAAUAACAUCUUGUCUGGAAAUAUUCCAAACUCAAUUGGUUUUCUUAAAGGAUUGAGGUCUUUGAAUCUAAACAACAACAAAAUAUUUGGCCGUUUACCAUUUUCAUUGCGUAAUUGCACGUUACUGAUGAAGAUCGACCUUGGCAAUAAUGACCUCUAUGGAAGUAUACCAUCAUGGAUGGGAACAGGCAUAGCCGAUUUGAAGUUUCUUAUUUUGCGCUCAAACAAGUUGAGCGGUGAAAUAUCUUUAGAUAUAUGUCACCUAAACUCUCUCCAAAUAUUGGAUCUUUCGGACAACAGGUUUUCUGGAAUAAUACCUAGGUGUGUGGACAACUUCACUGCAAUGGCUACAAAAAGAAGUUUGUCUCAACGCAUGGAAACUUAUAUAUGGCUCUUUAGGGACAGCGCAUCAGUCGUAACAAAAGGAAGUGAAUUAAAGUACGACAACACUCUUGCAUUGGUUACAAACAUUGAUCUUUCCAACAACAAUUUGUCGGGAGGUAUCCCAGAGGAGCUGACGAGUCUAGUAGAGUUGAGGUCACUCAAUCUGUCAGGGAAUCACUUCGCUGGAUUGAUCCCACAAAGCAUUGGAGACAUGAGGCAAUUGGAAUCUCUCGAUCUCUCUAGAAACUCUUUGUCCGGUGAAAUGCCAAAUAGCUUUCGAGGUAUGUCAAGUUUGAAUUAUCUGAAUGUGUCUUACAAUCACUUAAUAGGGAGAAUACCAGAAAGCACUCAGAUCCGAGGAUUCAAUGCUUCGAGCUUUAUUGGGAAUGAUGAUCUUUGUGGGCCUCCAUUGACAAGCAAUUGCAGCAGCUCUGAUGGACCAAAGAACAGAGAGGAUAAUCAUGAAAGUGGUGAUAGGUCUUCAUCAAAGAUAGAGUGGCUAUAUGUGUUUGUGUCUUUAGGAUAUGCUGUCGGACUUUCAAUUUUCUGCACAACGCUGAUUUUCAAGAAGUCGUGGAGGGAAGCCUAUUUUGAGUUUAUGGAAGAGAUGUGGAACAAAGUUUAUGUGUAUUUCUACCUUAAGUGGAAGAAGCUCAGAAAAACCUCAGGUUGA